GUCCUGGCUCGGCCCGUCCCGGCGGUGGGGCAUGGCGGAGGCGGGCACAGAGGUGGGGCAGGCCCCGGCCCCGGCCGAGGAGGGCGCGGAGCUCAGCGCCGUUAUCGGCGCUACCGUGCCCACCGGGUUCGAGCAGACGGCGGCCGAGGAGGUGCAGGAGAAGCUGGGCUCGGCCUCCCGGAUCAGCAAGGACCGGGGGAAGAUCUACUUUGAAGUCCCAGCACAAAGCCUGCCGCAGGUCCAUCGCCUGAGGUCCGUGGAUAAUUUGUUCGUCGUUGUUCAGGAGUUUAAGGAUUACCCGUUCAAAGAGAACAAGGAAGAUGCUCUGAAGGAUUUGGAAGAUUUGGUUAAAAAACUGCCUUGGACCGAUCCGAUGAAAGUUUGGGAGCUGAACAACAGCUUAAAAAAGAAAAAGACAAAGCGCAAAAAACACAAUCUGCAGAGUACAGCAAGCAGAGAGAAGCUGAACGCCGACGGAGAGGAGGAAGGGACAGACCAACAAGAGGCCAGCAAACAGGAGGACUGUGCCCAAAACGCUGCGGGGGUGGAACCUGCUGGUGGCCAGGACACAGAGGAGCCCCAAGGGGUGGCAUCCCGGGACGGGGAGGAGGAGGAGGAGGAUAAUGAACAAUCACACGCCAAAGAGGAAUUGCAGGCGGGCUCUGGGAGCGAGAGCAAGGCUGGUGAGGGUACAGCGGGAGGAGGAGACGCGAAGGUGCUGAAGUUCCGCGUCACCUGCAACAGAGCAGGGGACAAGCACAGCUUCACCUCGAACGAGGCCGCGAGGGACUUUGGCGGAGCCGUGCAGGAGCACUUCCAGUGGAAAGCUGACAUGACCAACUUUGAUGUCGAGGUUCUUCUGAAUAUUCACAAUAAUGAAGUAGUUGUGGGCAUUGCAUUAACUGAAGAGAGCCUCCACAGAAGAAACAUCACUCAUUUUGGACCCACAACUCUUCGUUCAACUCUUGCUUACGGCAUGCUUAGACUCUGUGAUCCACAGCCAACGGAUAUCAUAGUUGAUCCCAUGUGUGGCACAGGUGCAAUACCAAUAGAGGGAGCUACGGAAUGGCCAAGCUGCUACCAUAUUGCUGGUGAUAACAACCCACAAGCUGUAAAGAGAGCAGCAAACAACAUCUGUUCUCUACUAAAGAAAAAUGAGAAUAAGGAAAGCAGCACUUCCCUGGGCAUUCCCUUAGACAUCAUCCAGUGGGAUAUCUGCAACCUCCCUUUGCGGACGGGAUCUGUGGAUAUUAUCGUGUCGGACAUGCCGUUUGGGAAGAGGAUAGGGUCAAAGAAGAAGAACUGGGAUCUGUACCCAGCCUGCCUCAUGGAGAUGGGCCGGAUCUGCACGCCGGGCACAGGCAGGGCUGUGCUGCUGACACAGGACAAGAAAUGCUUUGCCAAGGCCUUGUCACGAAUGGGACACAUCUGGCGCAGAGGCCAGACCGUGUGGGUGAACGUGGGCGGGCUUCACGCUGCGGUGUAUCUUCUGAAACGCACCUGGGAAAGAGCAGAAGAGAAAAGAUCGUUCUGGUGACCUGCCUGCAGGAAGGGAAAGGGGCAUCUCCAGAGUUUGUUGAGUGGCAGUCUGGUAAAGCAGACAUCUGAGAAUGUAGGCCUGUCAAUUCCUAAGAAACAAAUAACCAACCUCUGUAGAAAUUGUGUAAGGAAUAUUAAGCCAGGGAUCAACUCGAGAACUACCAGUUGUACUAUGUGUUCUGAAACCUUGUUAUUUAAAUCACCUCUUAUCACCUUAAAUCACCAGGGAGGAACCCUGCCACCCAAACUGAAAUUCAGUAGUGGAAAUAGUAAUGCUUUCCUUCGCCUGAGUCUUCUCUACCACAUCCAGUGUAGUUUCCAGUUAAAUUUUUAUUUCCUCUGCUUGUAGUAGAAAACAUGUUGAGGCAGCUUUGGAGGUAACAGUGACUUUAUUCCCCAAACUGCAGAAUCAGUCACGUAUGAUGACUGCCAGGACUAGCGAGACUGUCAUCUUGGAGGGUUUAGAGGUAGUCUCUCUUUAACGUAGGAUUUUUCCAAAUUGAAGUUUUCUAAUUUAUCCCAAUACCCAAAUGUAAACAAAGAUGAUAAACCAGUAUGUGCUUUGUAUGGUCUAAUAAGCUAAUGCCAAUUAGUAAACAGUAUGCUGAUGCUACUGUUUCUCUUACCUGUUACCUCAAAUUAGUGCUAUUAGUAAAUGUCUAAUCCAUGUUUUAAUGUACCACUGCUGUGGGUGAGGAGGGUAGCACACACAGCCUUAUCAAACUGUCUGUAGUAACUACUGGAGAACAGAGAUACUUUUAGCAAUUACAUUAAAAAGUUUGCAUUUUCAGUGUCUACUGUAGACACAUCAAGGUGGCAAUACAUUUAAAUUUAUUAGGUGAUUUAACUGCUGUAGUUCUGCGACAAUAUUUACAAAAAUAUAUUACCUGUUGAAUAACUUGAAGUUGCAAAUAUUUUUUUCUUCUGUAAGUGUACUGUGAUUUCUCAAACCUCUUACUCUUUGCUCAUCAAAAGCUGAAAACACUAGUUACCAGUUUGCUAUUUUCAUUAAAGUGUAUUCAUGCUGAGUAUGUGUAAGUGUCUAGAGGUGAAUUAACAGGUAUUAAAGUUUUAGAAGUUUUGCAUAUGA